GGCAGCGUUUCUCUUCAUUGCAGGGGCAGCUUCAUUCUCUCCUCCAGGAUGUCGGGCCUUCUGACCAGCUCUCUUCUGCUCUUCCUCUCCCUGACGCUGUUCCAGAUCCCCACACCAGAGGCAAAGCCUCUCUCUACCAUGCGUGGAGGAGGUCGCAGCUUUGACAUCCAGGCAGCUGAAAUCCGUCUGCGAAGAGACCUGCGAGAUUCAGUGCCCUACGAGGCACAGAUGAUGUCUUACCCCACUGCUGACUUCAGGAGUCGGAGCAAUGAUCUGUACUACCAACCAGAGGUCUUAAGAGCUCAAGGUCUUGGACAAGCCCUCCAGCGGCUGGUGGAGAACGAUCAGAGGCGAGAACAGGAAGCAGUUUAUCUGGCGUCAAUGCUGCGUCUCCUAAACGAGGCACAGAAUAACGGACAGGGCAAACCAGAGGAAGAGGAGGAGGAGGGUGAUUUCCAGGGCCCAUACCCUCCAGACUACGAUGAGACCGAGCAGGCUGUGAGCAUGGCCAAGCCCCAGGCCUCAUGGCAGGGCCUUCUGGAUCCUCAGCUUACUCAGGCUCUGCUCAACCGCUACAAGCAGGAGAGACUGAUGCAGGCUGGACUCGCUCAAAACACCAACAGGAUAUCAGAGAGAGAGCAGGACAAAGACCAAGAGAUGCUCAGGUACCUUGUUGAGAAGAUCCUCUCCAGCUUGGCAUCGGGUGGCAGUCAGGGAGGUCCUUCAAACCAGCGUGCUAAACGGGAUCUGAGCGCUGUGGCCAACAUGGAGCAAUCUGGAGGAUCCGCCCUAAAACGCUCCCGCCGGUCCCUGGACUCCGCCCCUGGCCCCUCCCCCCACGCCGAGGCAUCACUGCUGAGGGUGAAACGGCUCGAUGGUGAUGUGGAUGACGAAGAGGUUGCAGGGCAGAGCAACAGAACACCACACGUCGGCCUACAGAGAAUGAAGCGCAUAGACACUGACCUGCCGCCCCCCAAAAAACACAGCCGCAAGCGCAGAGCCCUGACCUAUGACCCCGCUCUGAUCGCCCAGCACAUCCUGCAGUACCUGCCAGCCUAAAGAGUAUGUGAGAGUGAGAGGAAUUAAAGGGAAAUGUUUGGUGAAAUAGAGAGAAAUCUAGACAGACAGAGCAAGCAAGAGUUUCAUACGGGACUGCAACAUUUCACUUGCUUACAGAUACGCCAGUGUUCAUUGUCGUUUGCCUAAAUCUAAUCAAGACCUGCUUGCAGAGGUACUCUGAUAUGAUAAUACUCUGUUUCAGUGUUAUAAUAUAAUAAAUCCCAUACACAUAACAGCUUAUGGAAAAUGCUUUUUCUUCUUUCUGGCUACAUUCUACAGAAUGUAAGCCCUUUUCCAUCAUGGAACAAAACAAUUAAAAAAGCUAACUGUGACUUUUUUUCUUCCAAUUCUGGGUUUACAUCUUGCAAUUCUGACUUUUUUCCUCAGAAUUGCAAGGUUAUUCCUCACAGUGAGUUCUUAACUUACGAUUCUGAGAAAAAAUACAUAAAAUCAGAAUUGUGAGAUCAAAAGUCACAAUUACCUUUUAAUUUUUUUAUUCCAUGGUGCAAAAAGGCUUCCAUAGUACAGGCAUUAAUUUACCAUACUGACAUGGAAAUAAUCAGUUAUUGGCUUGCACAAGUAGCUUUUUCGCUGUUUCUGUCAAAAACAACAGGAUCAAAGUUACAUUUACCUUAAUUACGGAUUCAGUUUUUAAAUGAUUGUUUGACCAGGGUCAUGCAAGAUAGCAUUUAGGUGACAUUUUGUCGUGUGCAUUGAGGAGUGAGUUCCUACUGUAAGCCAUUUGCCACUUGGCAACCCUGUGUUUCUCAGCAGAUGAAAGGAGCAUGACUGUUUCCUCAGAGAUCCAAAUAUAUCAGAGCUUUGCUACAGCUACAGUGAGUUUGUUUCAUAUUGUGAGGAGAUUAACAGUAACUCACAGCUCACUCAGUAAUAAUAACAAGCUCAAUCAGUAUCUACACCUACAGUACUGUUUUAGAAAUUAAACUUAAUUUAGUUUUUUUUUUUU